AUGUCUUCGUACCCACCGUCGUCAUCGGCCAUGCCUGUACCCGGCGAAGAGUACGAGCUCACCGCUGCAGGGUCCGUCCCCAACCAGCACCCACAGCCCCGGGCCUCAAUGUCCAGGCCCCGCAAGCUCACCCUCCACCCCAACGCCUCGAGCUCGUUGUUGUUUGCCGCCCCAGGCGCAGCGACGAGCAGGCCCCGCAACAGGCGACGAGCGAGUUCUGCCGCCACACCCGGAUCGCCUGAAACGUCCAUGAGGCGUGUCUUCUCCCCUCAGAACUUUCUCAGCGAUGACCUCAACGAGCUCGGCCCCGACAAUGAAGAGGUCCAGUCGAUGGAAGCGAAAGCUCUAUCUCUGAUGGAGGAGCCCAGCAGCGGGCGUGAAGCCUUCUUCAUUCACGUGGCUGUGACUGGUGCCAUCCUGUUUAGCGCCGUCCUCACAACAUUAUCUACCUUGCCGUCGUUCCACACCUCCCCUGCAUCUGUCAAGGCACUGUUUGGUCUCGACACUACUCUGGUUGUCCUGUUCACUGUCGAGUACAUUACACGUUCGCUGGCCCACUCCGACUCGUGGUCCAUGUACUACAACUGGGCCACCUCGUUCUUUGCCAUUCUCGACCUGCUGUCCAUUUUGCCCUACUACAUCGAAGUGGCAAGACAAGAAGACACGAGCAUCUUAUUCAGGUUUUCGAUCCUGCGUACUCUGCGCUUGCUGCGUGUCUUCCGCGCGUUCAAGUAUGAGAACCAGAUGCUCCUGACCAUCGAGGUCAUGUACGUGGCUGUCCGUCGGUCCAAGGACGCCCUCAUCGCCAUUUCGUACUUUAUCGUCCUCGUCCUCGUCCUCUUCUCGACACUGAUCUAUUUCGCCGAACGCGGUACCUGGGACGCGACCCUUGGUGCGUUUGUGGACAGCGACGGCGAUGUGUCGCUCUUCGACUCUAUCCCACAGACGGCCUGGUUUGCGCUCGUCACCAUGAGCACGGCCGGUUACGGCGAUGUGGUGCCCAAGAGUGCGCUGGGCAAGAUCAUGUCGGUCCCACUCCUCAUGUUCGGUCUCCUCCUCAUCGCAUUGCCAUCCUUUGUUCUCGGCCGCAACUUUGCCAUUGUCUACGACGCAAUGGUCAGCUUCCAACAGCAUGCACCUGUCUCACCCCGCGACUCCAUUUCUGAACCACCUACACCAAAGCGUCCAUCUAAUAUCAGCCCUGUCAGCGAUAACGCAGACACACCGCUCCUUCCCGUCGCCAACCCGGUACACAACGGCCGUGCCUCGCCCAACCCACUCAUGGCAGUCACCGAGGAAAGGAGCACAGCGGCGUCUCUUGCCCCUGCCGUGCGCCAGCAGCAGCCUCCCAUGUGGCACCAGGAUGGCCUGGGCCACUCGCACACGCACACCCCUUCCCAGUCCAUAUCGCAACGCCAGGCAUCGCGCGACAAGGACUUGACAAACAUCAAGCUGGCCAAGAACCAGUAUGUCCUGCUCGAGCAGAUCGAGUCUUUGCGACGAACGAUCGACAAGCAGGGCGAGAUGCUGUCCCUCCUCAUGUCUGCGCUGGCGUUGAAGGAAGGAGUGGACAUUGACCUGUCCUCGAGCAAGGUGGACAAGGGCAAGGCCAAGGAGGCUGAGAAUCCGUUUGAUUUCGGCAGGGACGACGACGGCCAAGACCUGGGCCGUGGUAGCAUGUAG